GCUCUAGAAGAAGACGGAAAAAGAAUCGAGCCUUCCGUUUGAAAGCCGCGGUGUUUUUGUUUUAAGUGUCAGUGUUUGUUUCCGUAAAAAAAAGUUUCACUAGCCUCUCAAACACAAUGGGAAUCGAAGAAGAAGCGGACCGAACUCUUUUUAUUCGAAAUUUGGACACCAGAGUGACGGAGGAGCUUCUGUUUGAGCUGUUCUUACAGGCUGGACCUCUCGUCAGAACUAAAAUUCCCAAAGAUUCGGAUGGAAAACAGAAAACAUUUGGCUUCGCCGUCUACAAACACGAGGUGUCCGUGCCUUAUGCAAUGCAACUUCUAAAUGGAACUUCCCUGUAUGGGAAAACCAUCCAAAUCCAGUUCAGAACGGGUAGCAGUCAUGGCAGUCCAGGAAAUUCACAGAAUUCAAGUCCAGCAAACACCCCAAAUCCUCAUGGCCAAAGGAAUCCAACCCAGUUCAGUUCUCCACCUUAUACUCCUCCACACCAAAUGCAGAGAUCAUUUUCUUCUCCUGAUAGUCUCCCAAAGCAUGCCAUGAGGAACAACAUGUGGCAGCUCCAUAUGCAGCAGCUUGAGCAGCUCAACGGCGCCUUUUCUAAAUCGGCCCAGCAGCAGUCUGGUGGAAGUUCGAGACGCGGGGACUUAAGGCAACAUGACGGCGAUCACAAUAGGCAUCAUCCAUCCCAGAUGAACAGUGGUGGGAGGAGUCAGCGCCAUGGAGACGAGCACGGCUCUGGUCGCCGUCAGCACCACGGCCGGGACUACUACUACCAUCAGAAUGACAGGAGCGGUGGCAACCGUCAACACGACAGCCGAGGUGGAAACAGACAUUAUGACGAAUGGGCUGGGAACCGUGGCCAGAGAGAGCAUGAUAACAGAUGGCGACGCUACUGAGUUACAUUUAAGAUUUUUGAUAAAAAUUCAGUUCUUCACAUUUUUUGUGAACAUUUCUUUUAAGAAAAUCUGAAUAUGUUAAAUCAUAGUUUUGUAAAUGAUCUUACAAGGUUGAAGAUUUAAUAACUCAUGCCUUUAAAGCCUCUUUUAAAGGUGUUUUUAAAUUGAAACAUUUCUGGGUUUUUUUCCUCGCUGUUAUCAAUAUUUGGAAAGUGAUUUGAGCAAAAAAGAUUUAUUGACUGGAAGUGAAUUUUGGAC